AUGGAUGGACACAGAAUGAACCACGCUGAAAACUGCAAUUAUAAUUUUCCAGGGGAAAACUUGAGUCACGCUGAUACAUUUUUGUUUACCUCCGAGUCAGUUGGCGAAGGACACCCUGACAAGAUUUGUGAUCAAGUGAGUGAUGCAAUCCUUGAUGCUUUCCUGCAAAAAGAUCCUUUUGCCAGAGUUUCCUGUCAGUGUGCAGCCAAAACCGGCAUGAUCUUUGUUUGUGGCGAUGUUGUUUCCAAAGCCAAUGUGGACUAUCAGAAAAUUGUACGGGAGACAGUUAAAAACAUUGGUUAUGAUGCCAGCGUAAAGGGAUUUGAUUACAAAACGUGCAAUGUCCUUGUGGCAGUGGAGGAACCCACUGACCAGACCAUCUCUUCCAGUCAUUUCUACCACACGGCAGACAGUGUGGACAACGAGAACUGCCCUGCUGGAGACCAGGGCCUAAUGUUUGGAUAUGCAACCGAUGAGACAGCAGAAUGCAUGCCACUGACCAUUCUCUUGUCUCACCAACUGAAUGCAAAAAUGGCAGAGCUGAGAAAGAGCGGUGAACUAACUUGGGCCAGACCUGACAGUAAGACUCAGGUGACAAUUGAAUAUAGAAUAGAGCAUGGGGCAACGGUGCCGGUCCGGGUCCACACUGUGGUGAUCUCCAUCCAGCACGACGAGCGGGUGACCAUGGAGGAGCUGCGGAAGGAUUUGAGGGAGAAGGUUAUCCAGCAAGUCAUCCCAGCCAAGUAUUUAGACCAGGAUACAGUGUACCACCUUCAGCCUUCAGGCCGUUUCAUUAUUGGUGGACCACAGGGGGAUGCAGGUUUGACGGGCAGAAAAAUCAUCGUAGACACUUACGGAGGCUGGGGAGCUCACGGGGGUGGUGCUCUUUCAGGGAAAGAUGGGGCAAAGAUUGAGCGCUGCGGGUCCUACGCUGCUAGAUGGGUGGCCAAGUCACUGGUGAAGGCUGGUCUCUGUCGGAGAGCUUUAGUCCAGAUUUCGUACUCAAUGGGAGUUGCAGAACCGUUAUCAAUAACAGUAUUCAGCUUCGGAACAGCAAAGAAGGGUGAGCAACAGCUACUGAAGAUCAUCAAGGACAAUUUUGAUCUCAGACCGGGAAAGAUAGUCACGGAUUUGAAUUUACGUCAGCCAAUCUUCCAGAAAACAGCCUGCUAUGGCCACUUUGGACGUGAAGAAUUUCCCUGGGAAGUGCCCAAAGAACUUGUAUAUUAA